UUGUUCCUAAUUUAUUCGGUUGUUUCUUUGGAUUUUUUUUUUCUCUGAUCAAUCAUUGGGUUUUGAAGAUGUAAAGAUAUUGUGAUGGUUGGUGUGCAUCUAUUUUCAUUUUCUCGAAGACUCAUUUUUGUUUUUCUUGACCUUUGUUUGGUUGAUGAGAAAAUUGAAGAAAAUUGUGUCAUGAUGUUGUGUUGUUUUGGAUGCUUGAAAUAGGAUUUUGGUUUUCAUAUUUUUUUUCCCGUCAAACAACUGACGAUGCGAAAUUUCAAUGUCAUUUUCUUUUCCUCAGUUUUCUUGAGAACCAAAAACAGAACCAAGAUUGAUCUCUGUCUUUGAUUCAACUGCUUUGAAUGAUUAAUCCCUCUGGUUUCAGAUCCCUUGUUGGAGAAAUCAUAAUCCCAUUUAUCAAAGAAAUACCAGCAUCAGUACAACCCCAUCACUUUUCCUUCAUCUUGACCGAAUCUGUGGUGGGUAUUCACAAACAUCUGUCAAGAUGAAUGAUCUUAUGACAAAAUCGUUCCUCAGUUAUGUUGAAUUGAAGAAACAGGCCAUGAAAGAUCUCGAAUCUGAGCCAGACAUCGAGAUGGGAAAACUCGACCCAACAGAUGAACACAACCUUACUAACUUCUUCGAAGAAGUGGGUGCAAUCAAGACAGAUAUGGAAGAGAUCGUCAAUCUCCUUCUAGACCUACAAGACCUAAAUGAAGAGUCAAAAUCUACGCACAGUGCUAAAGUUCUUCGAGGGCUCAGAGACCGAAUAAACUCAGACAUGGUAACUAUUCUUCGAAAGGCGAAAAAUAUCAAAGCAAGAUUGGGAUCACUUGAUCAAUCCAAUAUCGAUAAUCGCAGUAUAUCAGCUGCUUACAAGGAAGGAAGCCCAAUUGAUAGAACCAGAAUGUCAGUGACAAAUGGGUUGAGAAUUAAGCUAAGAGACAUGAUGAAUGAUUUUCAGUCCUUGAGAGACCAGAUUGUGAAAGACCACAAAGAAUGUCUCAAGAGGAGGUACUUCAAUGCCACUGGAGAGGAACCCAGUGAGGAAGUCGUAGAGAAGAUGAUUUUGGGAGGUGGGCAAGUGAAUGUUUUUGAUGGGAAGGCAGAUUUGGUAAUGGAGAAUCAGGAGAGGCAUGAGGCUCUGAAGGAGAUACAGAGAAGCUUGACAGAGCUCCAUCAAGUUUUUCUGGACAUGGCUGUUUUGGUUGAGAGACAAGGGGAAGAGGUCAAUGAUAUCGAGCAGAAUGUGGCUCAGGCUGGAGAUUACAUCAGUGAGGGGACAAAGAAGCUUGAUUCUGCUAAGCAGUUAAAGAAAAGGUCGAUGAAAUGGACUUAUUGUCUUGGAGCUCUCAUCUUUGUCUUGAUAUUGAUAUGCCUGAUUUUGACUUUCUUGAAGAAUUGAACAAUCAUAUCUCUGUCUUACUGGGUUUUUCAGAGAGGAGGGGGUCUGGUAUAUAUAUACAUGGAUACACAUAUAGAUGUCUGCUUUUCCCAUAUUGCUUGAUAACAACUGAGAUUUUGUUGUGUGGUUUUGUCAUUUUCCAUUCUUAUACUGUAAAUGAAGUGGAAACUCAGGGAUUUGCUCAAGCUCUGAACAAAAGUACUCUUGGUUCUAUUCUUUUUCUUUGAUUUAUCAAUGAGUGUUUUUGGAUUUCUCAA